AUGAUUUGGUGUGGCUAUCCUCAUAAACUAAAAAAUAUGUCCAUCCGAGGCCUGAAGAAGAAACAACCGAAGACUUUUAAAGUCAAAAUUAUAACAGUAGAUGCUGAAAUGGAGUUCAGCUGUGAGAUGAAGUGGAAGGGAAAGGAUUUGUUCGAUCUGGUGUGCCGAGCACUUGGUUUAAGGGAGACUUGGUUUUUCGGCUUGCAGUACACAAUAAAAGGAAUGUGCACCUGGUUAAAGAUGGACAAAAAGGUUUUAGAUCAAGAAAUCCCCAAAGAAGAUCCGAUUAGCUUUCAUUUUUUGGCUAAGUUCUAUCCAGAGAAGGUAGAAGAGGAACUAUUGCAGGAAAUUACCCAGCAUUUAUUCUUCCUUCAGGUUAAGAAACAAAUACUGGAUGAGGAAAUCUAUUGUUCUCCAGAAGCAACAGUUUUACUGGCUUCUUAUGCUGUUCAGGCCAAGUAUGGUGACUACGACCCAAAUUUUCACGAGCCAGGCUUUCUAGCCCAUGAUGAACUUUUACCCAAAAGGGUCCUCAGGCAGUAUCAGCUGACAGCAGAGAUGUGGGAAGAAAAGAUUACUGCUUGGUAUGCUGAGCACAGGGGUAUCGCCAGGGAUGAAGCUGAGAUGAACUACCUGAAAAUUGCCCAGGACUUGGAAAUGUAUGGUGUCAAUUAUUUUCCAAUUGCUCAAAAUAAAAACCAUACGGAUCUCCUACUUGGAGUUGAUGCCAAAGGUAUUCACAUCUACAGCAUUAACAACAGGUUCUCUCCAAAUAAGUCAUUUGAGUGGAGUGCUAUCAGAAACAUUUCCUAUAGUGAGAAAGAGUUAACUAUUAAACCUCUUGACAAAAAAGCAGAAGUCUUCAAGUUCUUUUCCUCUCAGCUCAAAGUGAACAAAUUGAUUUUGCAGUUGUGCAUUGGAAACCAUGACCUAUUUAUGAGGAGAAGAAAAGUGGACUCAAUAGAGAUCCAGCAAAUGAAAGCACAAGCCAGGGAAGAAAAAGCUAGAAAAAAGAUGGAGAAUCAAAGGCUGGCCAGGGAGAAGCAGCUCCGAGAAGAAGCUGAGCGAGCCAAAGAAGAGCUGGAAAGGCGUCUCUUCCAGCUGGAAGAUGAAGCCAGGCAGGCCAAUGAGGCCCUGCUCCGAUCCCAGGAAGCAGCAGAACUGCUGGCUGAGAAAGCUCAGAUUGCAGAAGAAGAGGCAAAAUUGCUGGCCCAGAAUGCUGCAGAAGCUGAGCAAGAGCGACAGAGACUGGAGAUCACAGCUCUGAAAACCAAAGAGGAGAAACGCCUGAUGGAGCAGAAGAUGCGGGAGGCAGAGCUGAUAGCAGUGAAGCUGGUGAAGGAGUCUGACCGGAGAGCCAAGGAAGCAGAGCAUCUGAAACAAGAUCUGCAUGAAGCCAGAGAGGCUGAACGGAAAGCAAAGCAGAAACUCUUAGACAUAACCAGGCUUAAUUAUCCUCACAUGGUCAAGUACCCGCAAUACUCACCAACUGACACCAGAGAUGCCAACUUUGACAAAGGAUCCAUAAAGCUGGAUUUGAAGGACAUUGACCUCAAGAGACUAUCCUUUGAGAUAGAGAGAGAGAGACUAGACUACUUAGAAAAGAGCAGAAAAUUCGAAGAUCGACUGAAAGAACUGAAGUCUGAAAUUCAUGCUUUGAAACUAGAAGAAAAGCAGUCUGGGCUUUACUCUCAUUGGAAUGAAGUACUGGGAUCCUUGGAUCGCUCCUUAGGCAAUACCCCAUCAUGGAUGAAAACCUUCGAAACUGGAGAUUCAUUAGAUAUAAAUCUUCAAAGACCUUUCCCUGCUUACUCGUUAAAUACUACAGGCAGCUGGCCUUGUACCAACAAAAUUCAACACACAGUGCCAGUGGAAAAGUCAUCUUUUCAAGCAAAUUCCUUGGUUGCCAACAGUGUGGGCACAGGAACCAGAAAACAGAUUAUAAAGUUUCAGCAGCAUGAGUCGGAUGUGAUCUACAUUUGA